CCCAGCCGGCGGUGUCAGCAGUCGCGCCUCGCUCGCCGCCCGACACGCGCUGCAACUCGCAACUUGCCUCAGAGUCUUGCGUCUGCCUCGCCCACCACGCCUGGCCGGGGCGUGUGCUGUGCGGCGCCUCGCUUCGCUGUUACUGCACCUUCUACUGCUGCCGAGGCUAUAACGGCAUGGCAUUGCCACAGGGGAGCAGCGAGACAGCGCUCCCCUGAUGUUAAGCCACAGAUACUAUUAAUCGAGUUCUUGAGUUUCCCGGUGGACGCACGCACGGACUCACGCAGGGGCCCCUCGGGGUGUUGCCGCGGCUCGAUGGGUGUUGACUCUCAGUAGCGAGUGAUUUUGUUGCUUCUGGUGGUGAGAGGCGACCGCGGCCAGCCUCUGCAGGACACCCAAGAUACCUGCCUCCACGUCCUCCCUCACCGCGGCGCCUCGCCCUCCGCCAAGUCGCAGAAAGGAGGAUGAGUGACCACCGUAAAGUGCUGAGGUGCCUAGUGCUGCUUCUCUCCGCGGCAGGUUCAGUUGUCGGGAGAAGAAUAGCAGUCUCGUCUCUCUCUAUCAAGCUCCUCCCGCCACCUGCACGUAUCCAUCCCUUCGUCAGCGUGUCCGAGGCUCACUAUGACCACACGCACCACACACACCACCACCACCAGGAGGUUCCAGAGCCCCAUUUCUCGAGCACUAACGCAAGCAGGGAAGUUUUUCUCGGGGAUACUGCCACUCUAGACUGCACAGUGCAUGAUCUACUGAAUGAAUCGGUGUCGUGGAUGAGACAGGUGGACGAGGUGCUGGAACUGCUCACCUGGGACACUCACACCUACGUGAAAGAUGACAGGUACAGGCUGGUGCACGAGGCGGGGGACGGGUGGCAGAAGUGGCAGCUGGUGAUCGGGGAUGUGCAGACGCAGGAUGUGGGGGAUUACCGCUGUCAGGUGGACACGACGCCUCCCCUGGUGCUGGACGCGGCGCUAACUGUCACGGAGCCAAGAACACGCGUGGUGGACGAGAGAGGUGACCAGGUGGAGGAGAAACACUACAACAGCGGCAGCAUGAUUGAGCUGAAGUGUAUCGUGGAACAGGUGCCCUUCCCUCACGGCCCCGUCACCUGGAGGAGGGGAGCCACCAUCCUCACCUUCAACACCUCCAGGGGCGGCAUCAGCGUGAAGGGUGACGAGGCUUCAGGGUUCAUCUCUAGCCGCCUCUACGUGGCCAACGCCUCCCCCGCCGACUCGGGCCGAUACUCCUGCUGGUACCGGAAUUACACCAGCGAUACUGUCACCGUCCACGUCAUAGCAGGUGAAAACUCACAGGCCAUGCAGCACGACGCCCCCACGGAGACCACGGCCGCCGCCUCUCCCGCCUCCCCACGCUGGCCCCUCGUGGCGCUCCUCACUUGCCUCACCUGGCCGCCCCACCUCAGCCUCGGCAGGUGAUCGCCCCGUGCCGCCUCGUCCCUCCGCCCCUUCCCCUGCUGAGGACUCCACGCUCCCCCUCAGUCAUGCUCUCCAGAUGUCAUGCUUUUAUACACUUCCAAACAUGCAUUACGCUUACCUACAUAAACCUACAUGUGUACUUACACCUACACACGUGCUUACAUAUUCCCCUACACACACAUACACACACACAUACACAGAUGGGUGUCAGGAACUUGAGCUAACGUGCAUAUACAAAAAAUAAGUACACGUCCAUAUAAUACGCACACGAAACGCAGUAUACACGGUGUGGGAUACAAAUACGUACACGCACAUACACACGUACACAUGUGUAUAUUACCUUCAUGUGUGUCCAUAAGUCUCCGAUAAUGUCUACAUUUUCUAAAUAUAAAAAUUCAAUACC